AGGGUCGGUUGAAGAGCAUUUUCGCAGUAGGAUGGGGUCACCAGCGGGCAGCACGGUGACAGCUGGAGCCUGAGAAAACAAGCGGACGGACGCUGUUGUGGAGCCACAGCGAGUCAUGUUCGCCAAAGGGAAGGGCACCGUGGUGCCAUCGGACGGACAAGCCAGGGAGAAGCUAGCCUUGUACGUCUACGAGUACUUGCUGCAUGUCGGGGCCCAGAAGUCGGCACAGACCUUUUUGUCAGAGAUAAGAUGGGAGAAGAACAUAACGCUGGGUGAACCACCAGGCUUUCUGCACUCAUGGUGGUGUGUAUUCUGGGACCUGUACUGCGCUGCACCUGAAAGAAGGGACACUUGCGAACACUCGAGUGAGGCCAAAGCUUUCCAUGACUAUAGUGCAGCAGCAGCUCCGAGCCCAGUGCUGGGGAACAUGCCCCCCGGAGAUGGGAUGCCAGGGGGCCCCAUGCCUCCAGGUUUCUUCCAGGGUCCCGCUGGCUCCCAGCCGUCCCCUCAGCCUCCACCUAACGCUAACAUGAUGGGAGCGCACGGACAGCCCUUCAUGUCUCCACGUUACGCAGGAGGACCUCGGCCUCCCAUCAGGAUGGGGAACCAGCCUCCCGGAGGGCAGCCUUUACCGCCGAAUGUAAUGGACCCAACUCGGCCUCCAGGCCACCCAAACCUGGGACAAAUGCAGAGAAUGAACGUGCCUCGAGGGAUGGGUCCAAUGGGGCCUGGACCACAGUCUGAUCCUUGGUUAUCGUUGCAGAACUACGGUGGUGGGAUGAGGCCUCCGAACUCUAUGGGCCCAAACAUCCCAAACCUGGGACCAGGGACCGGCAGGCCGUGGCCUAAUCCCAAUAAUGCUAACACGAUCCCUUAUUCUUCAUCAUCUCCUGGCACAUAUGUGGGUCCUCAAGGAGGAGCUGGGGGAGGCUGUCCACCAGGAACCCCCAUCAUGCCCAGUCCAGCAGAUUCCACCAACUCGGGUGAAAACCUGUACACGAUCAUAAGCUCAGUGCCGCAGGCAGGGAACAGAUCCAGCUUCCCAAUGGGCCCAGAUGGCCCCCUGGGAGGGAUGGAGCCUCACCACAUGAACGGCUCAUUAGGCUCAGGUGACAUGGAUGGAAUUCCCAAGAAUUCUCCAAAUAACCUGAGCAGUCUGAGUAACCCGCCCGGUACUCCGAGGGACGACAGCGAUUUAGGAGGGAACUUCCUGCACUCUUUCCAAAACGAGAAUUAUUCCCCAACGAUGACCAUGAGCGUGUGAUCAGCGCUCCGUAGUGGCCCAGAACCACAGAGAGAGCCGAGAACAUCAGAGAACCAGAGACGAUUCCGACAACAGGCUGACAUACCAGUGAGAACAACGUAUAAAAACUCCCGGAUCUCCACGUGGCGAACUUGUCGUCUUCAGGACGCGGUGGACUGGUCGAUCUUUUGUACAGCAAUUUUUCUUUGUUUCUUUUUUUUUUUAAUACGUUAUUUGAAAGUCAGAUACGGUCACUAUGGUGCUGAACCUCUUCGAAAGCCAUCAUAGGACCAGCACAGCGGACGAGACCAAAAACAAAGAAAUAAAAGGAAAACAAAAUAAAAGAACUUUAUAAUUUAUCCACAACAUUCCAGUAGACUACCUGAGGAUGCCUUCGUCUCUGUCCAGACCCUCUUGGAAUUUUUUCCGCCUGCAUCACUCUUACAGCUGCCUUCAGUCUGUGUCCUUUUUGGGCUCCUUUUACUCUCAGCACUCCUGAAAUCUUAAGCCUGAUUCGGCAAAGGAGCACCAGAGACUGUCUGAGAGACGGAUGGACCACCGGGAAAGAUGACCUCGCCCAUUAUGUGUGUUGUUAGUUUAUCACUUCCAUUUAAAUGUAAAAGACUACGAGCUACUUUCUGUUGGUUUUUUGCAGUUAAUGUGAACUGUUUUUAGAUUUGUUCAUGAAUUUUAUAGUCCUUUCUUAUAUUAUGUGUGCGAUUGACCUGAAUACAUAUUUGGACACAAGGUGUAAAAAAAAAAAAAAAAAAAAAAAAGCUGGGAAGA